AUGACGGCCGAAGCACCCGCCCCCGUCUGCCCAGGACCCCAGCAACGCCGACUCGUAAGUUUACCCCCCGGCGGUGAUGGUUCUCACUUCCCCUUCCUCACCCUGGUCGCUGAGCUUGAGCCCCACAGCUCGUUGACUCAAGAACCCCUAAUAACAGCAUCCAACCCAGGGAAACCGCGUCUGAAAGAAAGCCGGCCAUUUCGCCGGCUACGAAAAGCAAAAUCAGUGCAGAUUGCUUAUCUCGCUGCUCAAGCCGACUCGGAAUGGUUUCGAUCACUCCCAUCCAAGGUUCAACAACAACAUUUUAGUCGAGAGGAGCAGGUUCGACUUGGAGGCUGGCGGAGUAGCAUUAUUUUCGACGCAGCGGAUAGAGCGCUGUACAAACUAGGGCACCAAGCAAGAAGGUCCUUUGAAUCCAUCUCCUCUGUCCCCACCAGUGCCAGUUUCUCAUAUUCCGCUUCCAUGGCGUCGUCCGCGCGGGCAGUUGACUCCGCCAUUGGUCUCGACGACAGCUUGUACGAUAGUUUUCGCUGGCUAGAUGAAGACGAAGAAAUUGACCUCAGUCUUGACGACUACCACACUCAUAUUGCGGAGACUAAGAAGCACAUAUCGACACCGUCGUCGCGAUAUUCUCGCCAGCGCCUGCAACGUCGACCACAGUCCUUGCGUCAACAACCCUCCUUUCGCCGAACAUUGUCAUUCAGUUCCACAACCCACCAAAAUAGCAUAUCCAGCAAGAUCCCUCCAACCAGCCAAUCAUCCACCGUUCCAUCGUCUUUGACUAAUAUAACUCCUCCGGCUGCUCACAAACGUUCAUUCUCUCGCCCCAAAUCCAGUGUGCCCAUCUUACGACAUAUAUCUCAUGGAUCACUUUCUUCACUUGACAGUCCAGCACAAUAUUACCAAGAUCCUGAAGCCCGCCUGAAGUUACGAGUAUACCUCGCAUCCCCACAAAAAUUCGACGAAGCGAUCGAAUUCGGAUUCCCAUCCCUGGACAAUAAGGAGAAUGUCCGUCCUCCUCGGGUAUCACUCGAGCCACGGACAACCAUUGAAUCCUCCCGCACUUUCCUUGAAGACGCCAGCCCCACUGGGUUACCGGAUAUCAUCCACGAGGAUGGAAGUUUCAUCGACUUUUCUAUUGACUCCCCAACCCUCAAUUCCGCGAACUCCCAACAGGCAAAAUCCCCCUCAACAAGCUGUACUACCCCACCAUCCCUACACAAAUCGCAUAGCAGGAAAUUCAGUGUGGAAAAAUCCAUACUACAAAGGUCGAUUCAACCUAUCCCACUCAACUAUGCUCAUAAUACCCCUGGUAACCGCGAGAUGACACUAAAAAUGACACUUACAAGACCUGACUUGCGGACGGCAGACUCUUCUUGGGAUGUCUCACCCAGCCUUCCGGAACUCGAUGAUCCUUUGCGGUUGGCUGAGCUUCCGGAGGCAGAUGGAAACCACCCCGUCUGGAAUGCUCCGGCCGAAGACACAAGUGUGAUGAAGAAGAUGUGGCGCAAGCUCCGCAAACGGUGCGGCUGAACCUACUAUAUGGUGAUUAUUUCAAGCCGCGUGAUAACGGCGUGAAUUAAUGGUUCACGUUGUUUCCCUUUCUUGUUUAGAUUUAUCCUUUGUCUACACCCUUUUUUUUCUAUCCAGUUUCUGUCCCUGUAUACCCCAGGGGAAGAGUAUUCGGGACGACCACAGUCACUAUGUUAUUGGCUCUCUAGUUGCUUUUAAUCGAUGACACAUUCAUCUUAUCAAUCGAGGAAGAACAAAAGAAAUACUGGACGGAAUCAGGACUGAUACACUGUAUCAAUUUAUCACAGUCCAAUUGGCUGGCUUUCCUUCUUUCUCAUUCUUUACCAGCCUUGCAGCCUAUAUCCUCAUCUAACUUCAUUAUUUUGGUACCUUAACAAUUUUCACCUCCAAAAAGCUAGCCCCUGAAUAUUUAUCCUUUUUUGGUU